GCCCAGCAUGAGCGGCGGCGGCGGGGGGUCGGCGGCGCCCGGCCGCUUCGCCGACUACUUCGUGAUCUGCGGGCUGGACACCGAGACCGGGCUGGAGCCCGACGAGCUGUCCGCAUUAUGCCAGUAUAUACAGGCCUCUAAAAUCCGAGGUGGUGCCGGCCGUUUCAUUUCAAGUGCAGCAGAAGGGGAGAAUUUUGAACAAACUCCAUUAAGACGCACGUUUAAGUCCAAAGUUCUUGCUCGUUAUCCUGAGAAUGUAGAAUGGAAUCCUUUUGACCAAGAUGCAGUGGGAAUGCUCUGUAUGCCAAAAGGGCUUGCUUUCAAGACACAAGCUGAUUCCAGAGAACCUCAGUUCCACUCAUUUAUAAUCACCCGUGAAGAUGGCUCACGGACAUUUGGGUUUUCUCUCACAUUUUACGAGGAAGUUACCAGCAAACAAAUCUGCAGUGCAAUGCAGACUUUAUAUCAUAUGCACAAUGCUGAAUAUGACAUUAUUCAUACUCCAUCCACAAAUGACAAAGAUAUCUGUGGCAGCAUAGAUGACUGCAAUGGCAGUUCUGUAUCAAAGCUCCAGCGUUUUAACUCAUAUGAUAUUAGCAGAGACACACUGUAUGUCUCUAAGUGCAUUUGUCUGAUUACUCCUAUGUCUUUCAUGAAGGCUUGUAAGAAAGUAUUAGAGCAACUCCAUCAAGCUGUAACUUCGCCUCAGCCACCACCAUUACCAUUAGAAAGUUACAUCUACAACAUUCUGUAUGAGGUUCCUCUUCCUCCAGCAGGGAGAUCCUUAAAAUUUUCAGGUGUUUAUGGACCAAUUGUCUGCCAGAGGCCAAGCACCAGUGAACUGCCACUAUUUGACUUCCCAGUUAAAGAAGUUUUUGAGUUACUUGGAGUAGAAAAUGUGGUUCAGCUCUUUACUUGUGCCCUUCUGGAAUUUCAGAUACUGCUUUAUUCACAGCAUUACCAGAGACUGAUGACUGUGGCAGAGACCAUCACAGCACUAAUGUUCCCAUUCCAGUGGCAGCAUGUAUAUGUUCCCAUUCUUCCAGCCUCCCUUCUUCAUUUCCUAGAUGCCCCUGUCCCUUAUUUGAUGGGCUUGCACUCCAAUGGACUGGAUGACAGGUCUAAGCUGGAACUGCCUCAAGAGGCUAAUCUGUGCUUUGUGGACAUAGAUAACCAUUUCAUUGAGCUGCCAGAGGAUUUACCCCAAUUCCCAAAUAAACUUGAGUUCAUUCAGGAAAUCUCUGAGAUCCUAAUGGCUUUUGGAAUUCCACCUGAGGGAAAUUUGCACUGCAGUGAAAGUGCCUCCAAGAUGAAGAACCUCAGAGCAUGUGACAUAGUUUCUGAUAAAAGAAAUGGGAACAUAGCAGGAUCACCUUUGAAUUCCUAUGAACUGCUAAAGGAAAAUGAGACGAUAGCAAGACUUCAAGCGCUUGUCAAAAGAACAGGAGUGAGUCUAGAGAAGCUGGAGGUGCGGGAGGAGACGAGUAGCAAAAAGGAUCUAAAAAUCCAGUGUGAUGAAGAAGAAUUCAGGGUUUACCAGCUGAAUAUUCAGAUCCGGGAAAUUUUUGCCAACCGUUUUACACAGAUGUUUGCAGAUUAUGAAGUAUUUGUUAUUCAGCCCAGUCAAGACAAGGAGUCUUGGUUUACAAACAGGGAGCAAAUGCAGAACUUUGAUAAAGCAUCAUUCUUGUCAGACCAGCCUGAACCUUACUUACCUUUCCUCUCAAGAUUUCUGGAGACACAGAUGUUUGCGUCUUUUAUUGACAAUAAGAUCAUGUGCCAUGAUGAAGAUGACAAAGACCCUAUUUUGAGAGUGUUUGAUAGCAGAGUAGAUAAAAUUAGACUGCUGAAUGUGAGGACACCAACUCUACGUACAUCUAUGUAUCAAAAGUGCUCUACAAUUGAUGAGGCAGAGAAAGCCAUUGAGUUAAGGCUAUCAAAAAUAGAUCACACUGCAGUCCAUCCACAUUUGUUGGAUAUGAAGAUUGGUCAAGGGAAGUAUGAACUUGGGUUUUUCCCCAGACUUCAGUCUGAUGUACUCUCCACAGGACCAGCAAGCAACAAAUGGACAAAGAGAAAUGCACCUGCACAAUGGAGGCGGAAAGACCGACAGAAACAACACACAGAGCAUUUGCGUCUGGACAAUGAUCAGAGAGAGAAAUAUAUCCAAGAAGCGAGAAAUCUGGGCAGCACCAUUCGGCAGCCUAAACUUUCUAACCUCUCUCCAUCAGUAAUUGCACAGACAAACUGGAAAUUUGUUGAAGGCUUACUGAAGGAAUGUCGCAACAAGACCAAGAGGAUGCUGGUUGAGAAAAUGGGCCGAGAAGCUGUGGAACUAGGUCAUGGUGAAGUGAACAUCACCGGUGUAGAAGAGAAUACGCUGAUAGCCAGUCUUUGUGAUCUCCUAGAAAGGAUAUGGAGUCAUGGACUGCAGGUCAAACAGGGAAAAUCUGCUUUGUGGUCUCACUUGUUACAUUAUCAAGAAAACAGGCAGAGAAAACCUGCAUCGGGUAGCUUCAGUACCUCAGGAAUACUUCUUGAUUCAGAAAGGAGGAAAUCAGAUGCCAGUCCAGCCAUGUCACCUCUUAGGAUCUCUCUUAUCCAGGAUAUGAGGCAUAUUCAGAACAUUGGUGAGAUCAAAACAGAUGUUGGUAAGGCCAGGGCCUGGGUUCGACUGUCCAUGGAAAAGAAGUUACUCUCCCGGCAUCUGAAGCAGCUUUUAUCAGAUCAUGAGCUCACAAAAAAAUUAUACAAGCGUUAUGCCUUCCUCCGCUGUGACGAUGAGAAAGAACAAUUCCUCUAUCAUCUCCUGUCUUUCAAUGCUGUUGAUUACUUCUGCUUUACCAAUGUUUUCACAACCAUCUUGAUCCCCUACCAUAUCUUGAUUGUUCCUAGUAAGAAACUUGGUGGCUCAAUGUUCACAGCCAACCCUUGGAUAUGUAUCUCUGGAGAACUGGGCGAAACAGGAGUCUUGCAAAUUCCCAGAAAUAUCUUAGAAAUGACAUUUGAGUGCCAGAACCUGGGAAAGCUAACCACAGUACAGAUAGGACAUGAUAAUUCAGGGCUCUAUGCCAAGUGGCUAGUGGAAUAUGUUAUGGUCAGGAAUGAAAUAACAGGGCAUACAUACAAGUUUCCAUGUGGUAGGUGGCUUGGAAAAGGGAUGGAUGAUGGCAGUUUAGAAAGGAUCCUUGUUGGAGAGCUACUAACUUCCCACACUGAGGCAGAUGAAAGGCAGUGCAGAACCCCACCACUGCAGCAAUCACCAAGUAUGAUAAGGAGACUUGUCACCAUCUCGCCAAACAACAGACCAAAAUUAAACACAGGUCAGAUACAAGAAGCUAUUGGUGAAGCAGUCAAUGGCAUUGUCAAGCAUUUCCACAAACCUGAAAAAGAGAGAGGCAGUCUGACUCUGUUGCUGUGUGGCGAAGGUGGACUCGUUUCAGCUCUUGAGCAGGUGUUUCAACAUGGCUUUAAAUCACCCAGGCUCUUCAAGAAUGUCUUCAUUUGGGACUUCUUAGAAAAAGCACAAAACUAUUAUGAGACCCUUGAUCAGAAUGAUAUGGUCCCAGAGGAGAACUGGCAGACAAGGGCCAGGAACUUCUGUCGGUUCAUCACCGCAAUCAACAACACUCCUAGAAACAUUGGGAAGGAUGGCAAGUUUCAGAUGUUGGUGUGCCUUGGAGCCAGAGACCACCUCUUGCACCACUGGAUCGCCUUGCUUGCAGACUGUCCAAUCACAGCACAGAUGUAUGAGGACACAGCAUUGAUUAAGGAUCACACCCUUGUAAAUUCCUUGAUUCGAGUGCUGCAGACCUUGCAAGAGUUCAAUAUCACGCUGGAGGCAUCCCUCGUCAAAGGAAUUGACAUCUAAUCUCUGUCAGUAGCCAUACUAUAAAAAGCAACAAGGAGGAAGUCAAAUUAGUAUGCUAACAUGUCGCAUCAUGAUCUUGAUCAUGGCCAUGCAACACAACUUUUACUUUUCUUGAAGGAAAUUCCAAAACUAGUGCAGGAAAAUGGAUAGAAGUUGUAAACACAAUGUAAAAAAGAGGAUUUUGGUAUAAAUCUAUUUUAGAGUUUAUUUGCUGAUUUGCUUUUUACACACUUUCAUGUGAAAGAGAAAGAGAUGAGUAUUGUGCAGCUUAUUUUAAAGCUGCAGUAUUUCCUUGCCAUAGAUAACGUGCAGUGAGCCUUUCAGCAUCCUCUGAACUUGCCUUCAGAUGUGCUGCAUGUCAUGAACCCUAAUGUAUACACUCCAUUUCUGCUAAGAAGGUCAUUCUAUAGUUUUUAAACUAAUAUUUUAUAUAUUAACGUUAUUACCAAUAUUUUGUUUUUAAUGCAUUGGGUCACUGUUGUGCUGCAAGGGGAAGCUACAGAUUUUGGUGUGUGCUUUUUAAAAGUCUCAAAGCACUGAUUUGUCAGCAAAUUACUUUUCUUUGUUUUUGUUGUCAGUAUUAUUUUUAGUGGAUUUAAGGAGUUUGAAUCCUGAAAUGUGCAGAGAUCAAAGUAAUAUUUUUCAUAUUGGUACGUAAUUGCACAGAGGAAAAUGUAAGCGUGUUUUUAACUGACUUUUUUUAUUUAUUUAACCUAUUAUUGUGUUUUGUAAGUUUGUCCUUUAAAUAAUGUUAUACAAUAUAACUUGCUAUAUUAUGUUUGCAAUUUAGAGCUUACAGUGUAGCCCACUUAAAUAAAAGGCCUGGAAUAAGAGGGUGUCUGCUGCCAAAAAUGUUUGUGUGCACCAUCCUUUCAAAAUUCACACCUUUGAAUGGAACCCUCUUAAAAUGAUAACAGCUAAAGGGGCUGUAAGCCUCCAACAUCAACAGCUUUAAUACAUAUAUGAAUGCAAAGAGGACAAUGGCUGAAUGAAGAGGUCUAUGCCACCAUGAAGUAAUGAUGCUAUCCUUGAUCUAAUUCCAUAUCACCAUUUCCUAACUUCAUGUUAAUUUUCCUUAACAAGAUGAGUGUGGUGAGGAUUUUUCCUUUGAAUCAAUAGUGCUCUUAUGUACUACGUUUUCAAGCUCUUGGCUUGUCUGAUGUUUUGUGCAUCUUAACUGAAAAGGCUUUAACCCACUCUCAAAUUAUCAUUGUCAAGAUACUUGGCUUUUAUUGUAUUACAAAGCAUGGGAUUUGGCAAGUGCCUUGAGGCAGCCCUAUUCAUUUGACUCCUCUGAUUUAAAAUCUCUUAUGAAGUGCAUCCCUGUUUUAGGAAACAAACUUGGGCAGCAUCACAAAUUACUAUAUAGAACCUCAAAGGCUGUGUACUUAAGAGGUCUCCGCUGUACAACUUCUCAGCAACGUGUCUCUUAUAAUAAGGAAUAGAGUUAAAGUUGUUCUUGGUUGUCAAUCUGUACAAUACUGUAGCACCUUUUCUUUAUUUUCUGCAUUUUAAUGACAUCUUGUGAUUAGUUUUAUUUCCAUAAUUGAAAGGUAUAGCACAUGCAUUAAAUUUUUGACUAUUUUUACUUUUGUCCUAUUUAUUUCUUUAUUAAAAAUAUAUGAUGUUUCUUUUUCA